UCAUCAUGGUUUCGGCCAAAGUCUUGUAUUUUUCGGGAGAAAUUCCCCAGGGAGACCCAGAGGGUGAUCAAAGAACCCUAUUCCGAAAGUUAAAUUUGCUCAGCAAAGAGCGAGAUCAUGUGGUUCUGGCAUCUUUGCUAGAGUGUGUGACACUGGCAUUGAAGGACGAGUGUAGUCGACUAAGCCGUCUCCACCGUGACCAUGUCCCACCAUUCGAAAGCGUCCUCGAUUUGACAGAUCAUGUUGUUCAGUUAAGGAAGACGCCGCUCGGUGGGGCCAUCGAGCGGGUAUUGGUUCUCGUUUUCCAAUUGGGAAGCUUUGUUGCAUAUCAUGAGGCUCAUCCACUGGAGUACAAUUUCACACCGGCCAGUACCUCACUCAUCGGAAGGGGCUCGGGUCUACUCUCGGCGGCUGCAAUCGGUCUCUCACCGAGCAUUUCCAUGAUACCAAGCAUCGCCCAAGAUAUCGCCCGAAUUGCAUUUCGGUUUGGUCUGGUUGUGGAUCAAGUUUGUCGAUCGUUGGAGGUCUCUCACGAUGAGAUCAAUGCCGACGGCGCCUGGGUAUAUUGUGUCCACGGGGUGGAUGAGAAAGACGCGCGUGACUCGGCUUAUCCUCCAACCAAUGGCGCGUCAGUCUUCAAUAUCGACAACGCUGGAGGCUCGGUCAGCAUAGGUGGACCGCCAAAAACGCUGAAGGCGCUUUUUGCCGAGUGUAAUGGCUUUAAGAAGACGAAGAACGUGGCAAUGAAGAAAAUACAGGGUAUGUGGCAUACUGACAGAGUGUAUGGCAUGGAGCACGUGGGACAAGUCGUCUCCAAGAUCGAAUCCACACAGGAGCUGCACAUUCCGUUAAUAUCGCCUGUGAGCGGAGAGCCGUUUCGGGAGACAGAGGCCGGACCCCUACUCGAACAGAUCAUGGAAGAGAUAUUGACCGAGAGGGUGCGCUGGGACUUGAUUAUUGACACUGUUACCAAGCAACUGAAGCAGCUGGAGCCCAAGUCUGCGCAACUGAUUAGCAUACAGCCGUCGCACUAUAACCAGAACCUGCUGGAACGCUGGCGAAUUGAACUGCCCAACGCAGCGGUGUCAGACCUCGCUAUGAUGCCAGCUGUAUUGGAUCUCGUUCUCGGAAAAAGUCCGCCGAAGGACACACGAUCGUCCAAGAUUGCUGUCGUAGGCAUGGCAUGUCGUUUCCCGGGCGCGGACACCACCGAAGAAUUCUGGGAGCGGUUGAUGCAGGGGCAAGACAUGCACCGCCAUGUUCCUCCCGAUCGAUUCGAUGUCAAAACACACGUAGAUCCCACGGGUAAACGACAGAAUACGUCAAAGACUCCAUACGGCUGCUUUGUUGAUAAUCCGGGGCUGUUCGACGCUAUGUUCUUCGGCAUGUCACCCAGAGAGGCUGAACAAACAGACCCAAUGCAGCGUCUUGCCUUGGUGACGGCAUACGAAGCUCUGGAGAACGCCGGGUAUGUCAACGGUCGAGGCGUCAUCCAUCGCCAGCGUGUUGGCACCUUUUACGGCCAAGCCAGCGACGACUAUCGCGAAGUCAACUCUGGACAGGAAGUAGGCACUUAUUUUAUCCCCGGUGGAUGCAGGGCGUUUGGUCCCGGACGUAUCAACUACUUUUUCAACUUCUGGGGCCCUAGCUUUAGUGUCGACACGGCAUGCUCUUCGAGUUUGGCAGCUAUUCAAGCCGCGUGCUCGUCACUGUGGAGUGGAGAUGUUGACAUGGCCAUUACUGGAGGGAUGAAUAUCCUCACAAACUCUGAUGUGUAUGCUGGGCUCAGCCAAGGCCACUUUCUCUCCUCUACGGGGGGCUGUAAGACUUGGGAUGAGGGAGCGGACGGAUACUGUAGAUCUGAUGGAGUUGGAAGCGUGGUUUUAAAGCGACUCGAGGAUGCAGAAGCCGACAACGAUAACAUCCUCGCGGUAGUCCUAUCCGCAGCUACUUCUCAUUCGGCAGAAGCGGUUUCGAUUACGCAUCCUCACGACACGGCGCAAGCUCUGUUGUACGACCAGAUUGUCCGACGAGCUGGGAUCGACCCCCUGGCGGUAGGUUACGUGGAGAUGCACGGCACAGGAACGCAAGCUGGUGAUCCUACCGAGAUGAGAUCUGUGACCAGUGUGUUCGCGCCUCCCCGUAUACAUGGCCAUCGACCGAUACCCCUGUAUGUGGGCUCUGUAAAAGCUAAUAUGGGCCAUGGAGAGGCUGCUGCGGGAAUCAUGGCUUUCGUCAAGACCAUGUUAGUCUUCCAGAAUGGCAUUGUUCCGCCUCAUGUCGGCGUGAAGACAGGUUUAAAUCCUGCACUCCCAGACUUGGGCAAGAUGGGCGUCGUUAUUCCAUUUAAAGCUGCCAAUUGGAGCCCGACCGGCACGCAGAAGAGGUUGGCCAUGGUCAAUAACUUUGGCGCCGCUGGAGGUAACACCGCCAUGAUUAUUGAAGAGGCUAGCCCAAGGCCACGGCUGUCUGAAGACACACGAGAAGCCCAUGCUAUUACGGUUUCAGCGAAGACAGCUCAAUCUCUCAGCUCUAAUAUCAGGCGCCUUGUCGAGUAUAUUGAAGCGUCGCAAGACUUAUCUCUUGCCGACGUCGCCUACACCCUCUCUGCCAGGAGACGUCACUACGAAUACCGGAAAUCCGUUGUAGUAAGAUCCUUGGCCGACGCUGUCAAACAGCUUCAACCGCACAUUGAAACUGCCAUGGCCCAGACUCCGAUUUUAGUGAAACGACCCUCGGUCGCUUUUACUUUUGCUGGCCAAGGCACUUUCUAUGUGGGAAUCGGAGCGCAGCUUUACCGCGACUCUCCCUUCUUCCACGCGCAGCUCAAACAGUUUGACAGUCUUGCACGUCGUCAGAACUUCCCGUCAUUCCUACCUGCUAUCGAUGGAACAAGUGCUCGCGAAAACCUGCCAGCCUCCUCCAUACAUCUCUCUAUUAUAUGUGUUGAAAUUGCUCUCGCCCGACUAUGCAUGACGUUUGGUAUUAUGCCAUGUGCGGUCAUUGGACACAGCCUGGGUGAAUAUGCCGCACUGGCUGUGGCGGGUGUGCUGUCUGACAGUGACACAGUCUUCCUCGUCGGGACACGAGCAACCAUUCUUGAGUCCAACUGCUCAUCUUACACCCAUGGCAUGGUCUCCGUUCGCGCUUCGGUGGCCGAUAUUACGCGUGAAGCAGAUGGUUCUCCAUUUGAAGUAUCUUGUAUCAACAGCCCAAAUGAGACUGUUAUUGGCGGCACAGUUGAGCAUCUGGAAGCGUUUUCGGCUCGUCUAUCCAAAGCAGGGUAUAGGACGACGCGUCUGGAUGUGCCACAUGCGUAUCAUACGGCUCAGAUGGACAAUGUCGUCAAUGAUCUCAUUCGCCAAACCCAAGGGAUCGUUUACAACAAGCCCAGCAUUCCCAUUAUAUCUCCUCGAGACUCGGCAGUCAUUGAGAAAGGCGCUAACAUCGAUUCAUCUUAUUUACCCACCUCUCUACGAACGACGGUCGACUUUGCUGGAGCUCUCAAUGCGGCGUUGGAAGUUGGCGUGGUGUCGAAAUCCACCGUCUGGCUUGAGUUGGGCCAUCACCCCGUAUGCAGCGGUUUCAUCAGCCGUACGCUCGCCGACACUCGUCUAGUGUGCUCCAGCCUACAGCGAGAUAGCGACAAUUGGAUAUCUUUAGUGAAGUUGCUGAGCAAUCUAUACGAGGCAGGGCUCAACAUCGACUGGAAUGAAUACCAUCGUCCAUUUGAGCAAGCACUUCGACUUGUCCACGUGCCCACCUACGCUUGGAACAACAAAAACUAUUGGAUCCAGUACCGAGGAGAUUGGAAUUUGACUAAGGGCCAGGUUUUACCAGAGCCAUCACUUCCAGUUGUUAGCGGGUUUCGAACAUCCAGUAUUCAUCGACUUUACUCCGAAGAUUACGACUCGUUGACAGUCCAAGUCUUGGGCGAAUCCAACAUGACCGAUCCAUCACUCAAAGAUGUGAUAGAAGGGCAUGCCAUGAACGGUUAUGGUGUUGCUUCGUCGUUUCUUCACGCCGACAUGGCCUUUACGCUAGCCCAAAGGAUCCAAGAAAAGGCAUUCUCAUCAAUAUUCAGUGGAAUGGGUAUCAAUGUGGCCAACUUCGAGUAUCACGAUCCGGUAGUGAAAGAUGCAAACCCUCUUGAUCCACAUCCCAUUCUUGUUAAUGCUGAAGCCAACCUCGAGAAGGGCGAUGUCAAGAUUAAGUGGUUCAACCCAGCCAAUGACAAAUGGUACUGUCAUGCUAUAGCUUACUACGAAGACGCUUCUACCUGGUUGUCCGAUUGGGCUCGAAUAACUAAGCUUGUUACCAGUCGCAUUGACGCACUCAAUGCUAUGUCAAUCAAGGGUACGGCAAACAAACUCACCACCGAACUUGCAUACACCCUCUUUGGUAAGCUGGUGGAUUACUCUAGCAUGUAUCGCACCAUGCAAUCGGUCAUACUCAACGAAGACGAAGCCGUGGCCGAAGUCCUCUUCCCUGCAGACACCCAAGGAGACUGGGCUGUGCCACCACAUUUCAUCGAUGGUGUCGUAUCUCUGUCUGGCUUCAUUCUGAAUGGUGGCACCCACUUUGACAAUACCAACAACUUCUUCAUCACGCCUUCAUGGAAGUCCAUGCGUUUUGCCAAGCCGUUGACCCCUGGUGGUCGAUAUCUCGCAUACGUGAGGAUGGUGCCAGAGGGUGCGGAUGAUAAUAGCAAGCUUGGUUCUUACGUCGGUGACGUCUACAUUCUACAGGACGGCGAGAUUGUGGGCAUGGUCGAAGCCAUCUUGUUCAGGCAGUGGCCGAGACUGAUGCUGAAUCGUUCUCUACACGAAAAAGCCAUGGCGACUGCGGCGGCGGCGAAGAUGACUGCUACACGCCCCACAUCUGCCAUAACUCCUCCAUGUUCUGGACAGAUCAGAGGUUCGCCACCUCCGGAUGGUCAAGUAGAAGAAACUGACAGCGACAGCGGCCACGAAGAAGCUGAUGGUGAUGAUGUUGCAUCACGCGCUAUGGUCAUAUUGGCCGAAGAACUCGCUGUGGAUAUAGGCUUACUGACCGACGAAUGUGAAAUUACGGAUAUUGGACUUGACUCGCUCAUGUCGCUCGUUAUUUCACAGAAGUUGCGAGAGAAUCUUGGCAUCGAGAUUCGUGAUGCGUUCUACCUCGAGGUGGCAACGAUUGGGGAUUUGAAGAAGGUGGUUUCCUAA